CUAAUGUUGGACAAGGGGAAAGAGGACUGAAAGCUUCCAUUCUUUCUAUAUGUAUCACACAUGUAAAAAAAAAAGAGGUCUGCUUGUGCCUAUAUUUUUGAUUCAACCCUAAGGAAGGUCUUGACUGAAAUAAUGUAUGUGACAUGCUUUUUAAUUUAGGACAAUAUUUUUCAACCUUCAAGAUGCAUUGGCUUCAACUUGAGAAGAUCAAACUGGAUUUAUGCUAUUAUAACUGGAAAUGUGAAAGUUGGUCCUAUAUAACCAAAACAUAGUAAAUAAUUGAUUUACAUUGAAUUGUUCCAGCAAAUUCUUUUAAUGUGGCCUAUUGCAGUUGUACAUAAAAUAGCUAAUGGUAACCUGGGUAUAUUUAAAUAACACACCUGUGAUUUUAACAACUGAUUGUUGAAAUGUGACCUCUUGGGGAGAAAUUACCCCCAAAUAGGUGCCUUGUAGAGAAGGUUUUAGGGCAUUGCGAGUUUUUAUUCGUUUAUUAGGUUCCCUGAUUGUGCUGCUCUGUUGGGUUUAUGUAUUAGCAAAAAUAGGAUUGUAGCUUUAAAAUACAGCCAGGCUUACUCUAACUCAUAACUCCUCCUUCUGGAAGGGGUGUUUGUUUAAAUUGAAUGCCUUUCAGCCUAGAGUAAUUUGAUUAUUGUCAUCUUCUUAGGAAAGCCUAUUUGCCUUUUUGCUCUUGGUGGUGUGAAUACAUCCAUUUUUAGAUCAUUGCACUCUAUUUCUUCUCUUCCCCUAUGAAAAAUAUUUGGCUGUCUUGCAAGAAAUGGAUUUUUUUUUAACCCCAGAUGUGGUAUUGAGAGCUUGGCCAAAUUUGUUCGCUGGGGAAGAAAAGCGAUUUGGGACUCGGACAAUAGUGGUUGGCCACCACUUGGUUCCUCAUAUUGAAGCUUAUGUGCCCCCAAAGUUCUGCUCCAAUCGGAUCGUCUCCUCCAAGUAUACAGUCUGGAAUUUUCUUCCCAAGAAUCUCUUUGAACAGUUCCGAAGAAUUGCCAAUUUCUACUUUCUUAUCAUCUUCCUUGUCCAGGUGAUUGUGGACACACCAACCAGCCCGGUGACAAGUGGUCUUCCUCUCUUUUUUGUGAUUACUAUCACAGCUGUUAAACAGGGAUAUGAGGACUGGCUGAGGCACAGAGCUGACAAGGAAGUCAACAAAAGUGCAGUCUUUGUGAUUGAAAAUGGAGAAAGUGUGAAGAAGGAGUGUGAAAAGAUCAAGGUUGGUGACAUAUUAGAAGUGCCGGUAGAUGAAACCUUUCCUUGUGAUCUAGUUUUACUGGCCUCAAGUAACAAGGAAGGGACCUGCUAUGUCACAACUGCCAGUCUAGAUGGAGAAUCAAAUCACAAGACUCACUAUGCUGUGCAAGAUACAGCCAAGAUGAAUACAGUUGAAGCCAUGAACAGUGUGGUUGCCACCAUAGAAUGUGAACAACCUCAGCCAGAUUUGUACAGAUUUGUGGGCAGAAUUAAUAUCUACACUGAUGAACCAGAGCCAUUAGCCAGGCCAUUGGGUCCUGAGAAUCUUUUGCUGAAAGGAGCAAAAUUGAAAACUACCCCAAAGAUUUAUGGUGUCGCUGUAUAUACUGGAAUGGAAACCAAGAUGGCGUUGAACUAUCAAGGGAAGUCUCAGAAACGCUCUGCGGUUGAAAAGUCAAUCAAUAUGUUCCUGUUGUUCUACUUAUGCCUGCUCGUGAGCAAGGCUAUCAUAUGCACUACUUUGAAAUACGUCUGGCAGAGUGUCCCAUAUCACGACGAACCCUGGUACAAUCCCAAAACCCAAAGAGAGAGAGAAACAUUCAAGCUGCUAAAGAUGUUCACUGAUUUCCUGUCCUUCAUGGUCCUCUUCAACUUCAUUAUUCCGGUCUCCAUGUACGUGACUGUCGAGAUGCAGAAAUUUCUGGGUUCCUUCUUCAUUACAUGGGACAAAGAGAUGUAUGAUGAAAAUAUCCAAGAAGGUGCAUUGGUGAACACCUCUGACCUCAAUGAAGAACUUGGACAGGUUGAAUAUGUGUUUUCUGAUAAAACGGGAACUUUGACAGAAAACACCAUGGAAUUCAUUGAAUGCAGCAUUGACGGCUUCCGAUACUGCGACUCCUUUUCAGAAGUGGAUGCCAAGAGGUCUACAGGAAAAGCAGACAAGAGACAAGAAGAACUGUUCUUUCGAGCUUUGUGUCUCUGCCAUACGGUUCAAGUCCAGCAGAAAGAUGAAAUCGAUGCAGCGACAUUGCAGCCCCAAAAGACCCAAGUCUACGUUGCAGCUUCUCCAGAUGAAGUGGCUUUGAUACAGGGGGCUCAGAAGUAUGGUUUCACUUUUCUAGGACAAGAAAAUAACUUCAUGAUGGUAGAAAAUUCCCAAAAGCAAAUUGAAAGAUACGAACUUCUGAACGUCCUUGAUUUUGACUGCGUCCGUCGCCGGAUGAGUGUUCUCGUGAAGAUGCCAGAUGGAAGAAUAUACUUGUUUUGCAAAGGAGCAGAUUCUUCGAUUUUCCCAUGGGUCCCUCAGGCUGAAGCACAAAAAACAAAAGUCCAUGUGGAACAGAAUGCAUUGGACGGCUAUCGGACUCUCUGCGUGGCCUACAAAGAAAUACCUCCCGCAGUCUACAAAGUUCUAGAGGCCCAGAUUAAGGAAGCCACCGUGGCCUUACAUAACCGAGAAGCCAGGAUGGCCAAGGUCUUUGAUGAAAUUGAGAAGGACAUGCAUCUCAUUGGCUCCACUGCUGUAGAAGACAAACUCCAGGAUUUUGCGGCAGAAACCAUCGAAGCUCUUCACGCGGCAGGCAUGAAGAUCUGGGUGCUAACGGGGGACAAGCUGGAGACGGCCCAAGCCACCUGCUAUGCUUGUCGCCUCUUCCACACCAGCACAGAACUCUUGCUGUUGACAGCGAAAACGGUGGAGGAAGGGGACAGGAAAAUGGAGCAGCUUCACGAACUGCUGCUGGAGUAUCACAAAAAGUUGGUGACUGACGCGCCUCAAGGGAAGAAAAACUGGCUGUCCGGUUCUGACUAUGGGCUGGUCAUUGAUGGGGCCACCCUUUCCAUGAUCCUGAACCCUUCACAGGAUUCCAACUUCUCCCAUUACAAGAACAUCUUUCUUCAGAUCUGCCUGAAAUGCACCGCCAUCUUGUGCUGUCGAAUGGCCCCGUUGCAAAAGGCUCAGAUCGUCCGCAUGGUUAAGAAUUCCAAAGGCAGUCCCAUCACACUGAGUGUUGGAGAUGGGGCCAAUGACGUCAGCAUGAUUUUGGAAGCUCACGUGGGCAUCGGUAUCAAGGGAAAAGAGGGACGCCAAGCUGCCCGGAACAGCGACUAUGCCAUCCCCAAGUUUAAACACUUGAAAAGACUGCUCUUGGCACACGGGCAUUUGUAUUAUGUCCGAAUCUCCCAUCUUGUACAGUAUUUCUUCUAUAAGAACCUUUGCUUCAUUUUCCCGCAGUUUUUAUAUCAGUUUUUCUGCGGCUUUUCACAGCAGCCUCUCUAUGAUGCGGCUUACCUGACUAUGUUCAACAUUUGCUUCACCUCUCUGCCAAUUUUGGCCUACAGUCUCCUGGAACAGCACGUCCCUAUUGAUGUCUUGAUGACUUUCCCAAAGUUGUAUUUGAAUGUUUCUGACAACGCUAUGCUCCAGUUGAAGCCUUUCGUCUACUGGACCUUCCUGGGCCUUUUUGAUGGUUGCGUCUUUUUUUUUGGUGCUUACUUCCUUUUUCAAUCUGCCUCUAUAGAGGACAAUGGAAAGAUGGCAGGGCUCUGGACGUUUGGAACGAUGGUUUUCACUGUCUUGGUCUUUACAGUCACGCUAAAGCUGGCAUUAGAUACUCGGUUCUGGACAUGGAUGAACCACUUUGUCAUCUGGGGGUCCUUGAUUUUCUAUGUCUUUUUCUCCUUCUUCUGGGGAGGCAUCAUUUGGCCUUUCUUGAAGCAGCAACGGAUGCAUCACGUUUUCGCCCAGCUGCUGUCCUUCGCCUCCUCCUGGCUGGCGAUCAUCUGCCUGAUCUUCGUUUCCCUCCUCCCCGAGGUCAUCGGCCUCGUCUUUAGACACCUGAAAAGGAACAGCAGCGAGCCCGCCCCUUCGGAGUUGCCGAUGCUGGUUUCAUACAAGCAGCUAGACAACAGCCAUUCCGCAGAAGUGAAACCCAGAGAGGCCCUCACACACCUGGCUGAACACCAUCUCAGGGUUCUUCAAAUGCAACAAUUAUAAUUCUGCUGUUUGGGGAACAAAAAAAGGGACAUUGGUUUGUUUUGUCUUUUUAAAACUGGGUGCAAAAUCCGGAAGACUUGUGGUUGAUCUCUCUCACUAUCCUCUUAAUGCCAGCCCUGAAGACCCCAAUUGGCCAUUUUGAUUGUGAAAAUCAAGAGAGAUUUGGGACCUUUGAAACAAAGGACACAGCUUCUGUUUUGCAGUGGGUUAUCAGCGAGGGGAAAAAAAUGACAAUUUUCUAGCUUUGGACUUUCCCUUCUGAACCAGUAAAAGAGCACAGAUUUUAAUUCUCACUUUGCAAGCGUAAAGCUGGACUAUGUCUCUUCGCAUUGUCUAGCCUGCUUCCUUGCACUCACGGUGUUUCCAUUCUUUUACCAACAAAUUGGGUCAUGAAAUAUAUCUUUUCCCCCCCUCAUCUUCCUAACCAAACUGGUUUUAUUAAGGAAAUGUGGAUGGACAUGUUCGCUGCUAAUUCACUUUUUCUGCAAGCACCCACGAGGAUGUAAUAAAAGCCACUUUAAAAAAAAAAAAAAAAAAAACACAAUGGGAAAACUCCCGAAAGCUAAUGAGAUGCACCAAAAUCUCACCUCUGCAAUCCUUUUGUUCCCUCUGGCUUGAGGCUUUCACACAAGCCAAAUCAAGGUCCAUUUAUUUUCAGAAGAGCAUGCUGGUUAAAGUGCCUGGGCUUCAACCCUCUUUUUCUUUUUCCCAUUGGACUAUCCUGGUCUUGUGGAACACUGGAAGAACUUUGGAUGUUAGAACAUCAUGAGUACAAGACUUGGCCAGUGGUAGAUUGGGCUUGUCAUCUUUUUCCGUGCAAAUUCUGUUCCCUUCUAAAACUUGUGGGAGGUCUGAGAGGAAAUAAGGUCUACAUCUCUGUUGGGCUGUAUUAGUUGGCUACCGCCAACCCAAAACUUUUUUUGUCUUGUGUACAAAAGGGAAGAAUGAAUACUUAAGCAAUACAUUCUGGAUGUGUUAGCACGUUGCUUUACAAAACAUCUGGGAUCUUCACGUCAAUGUUUUGUCACCAUUUAGUGUGGAAACAGAGGUCAAGUUGCUAGAGGCACCCUACUUUUCUAAGACUUUGCUCAGGAGAAGAAAAGAAGCAGGUGACUAUCUGGUCACCCACUCAAGACAAUAUGAUCAAAGGAGUUGUGUUAGACCCAAACAGCCCUGGUUUUGUUUGGACUUUCCUGGAUUCAUCUACCAUUGGCCAAGGAUCCAUCCACCUUAAUCUUUGGAUUAGAGUGUUCAUCUGCUCCCCACAGCCCAGUUUGGGCUCUUUAAUCACGACCAUCUGGCCCACUUUUUCUCCAAGGCAUGCCACAUCUUCACAACCGAUCUAUACAUCCUUUCAAGGUGUCCUGUAAAAUCUUUUGGGGCACCUAAGAAAAAGCAAACAAAAGGCCUAUUUGCAUGAGUAGAGCAGCAAAGCAUGUAUUCACAGUCAAAUCGGCAGAGUCCUUUGUAGCAUGAAAAAAAAACCUCCCUCCUUCUGACACCAACAGUGGCAUCGUGAAAUUUCCCACAAAGUGUUCGUGGCAACGCGAGCCGUGAUGGAGGAAGAUCUAAGUUGGAUUUCAAAAGAGAGUUGAAGUUUGGAUGUGUAGAGCCAGUUCUUCCCCAGCAAAGCAAGGCUGAAGAUAGUUCGUUGGUAGUAGGACAUGGACAGAAAAAAGGUUUGUGUAGCCUUGAAGAACAAGGGAUGUGAUAAAUUACUAUGAGUGCCCUUAACACACAUAAUUAUUGCUGAGAUGGAGACAAAAUGAACUAUUUUUCUGUUGCCACCUCCCUUUAGAAACAACACACAGACACACCGCCAUCAUCCAAGAGCAAUUUCAUUUUCAGUGUGCUGACAAGCUGCAUUUUUUUCAACCUUGCAAAAGGCUAACAAGCUAAGAACACCCUUUUGUCCUUUUCCCUCCCAAAGGAACAAUGGAGACCUGAACCCAAGUCCAAAUAGAACUUUAAAAAAAAAGGAAAAUGAAAAAGCCUACAGGAUAUCAACUAACCACAUUUUUUUCCAACUUAAAAAAAAAAACUACUUGCUUGGUCUUGAUGUUUACAUUGAUUUCCUAAUGCUUGUAACCAAAAAUCACUCCUGUAUCCAUGUUUAAUUGGGGAACAGGGGAAGGGUAUAUUUCUUUUCUUUCUUUUUUUUUUUUUUUGAAUAUCAACAAAAAUACUAGGGAGUUUAAGAAUUAGCCUAUCAUUCAAACAAAGCCAAGAGAAUGCUCAUUCGGUUUCCAUUUUGGUUGUCUUCCUAUCCAAAAAAGAGCUAGGUUAAAAAUAGGGGGGGGGGACAUUUUUCCCAGUUUUGCUGCAUGACAAAAAUGCAAUUAUAUAGUUUUAAAACCACAAGCUCUGGAUGAAAACCUGCCCCAUCUCAUUGGGGGAUACUUGACAUUUUUGCGUUAUUCUGAUCCAUCUGGAAUUUUGCCAUUUGCCACUAGAGAAACAUCACAGCAAAAAUAACCAUUAUUUCCCCCCCCCCCAAAGUUUGUGAUUCAUUCUAGAUAACAAAUCAUGGUAAACAGAAGAUGUUCUGUUCUGACUUGGCACAAUCAGGGACGAUUCCGUCCCCUCCAAUUUGGGUGGCACUCACUUUACUGCCCAAGUUAAAUAAUCAUAUCUGCUUGGGUGUGCUCCUCUCUGCCAGUUUGUUAGUUAACUGAAGACUCAGUGAGCUAAAAUAACUAGAAAUUCAGCCGUGUAUCAGUGCCUCAGUAGGCUCAUAACUAGUGGUCAGUUUGAGAGUACUCAGCUGACCAAACCAGCAAUGGAUCUUUGCAAAUUAGAAAGCAGAAAUAAGAAAUAAGAAAGAGGAUGUGUAAAUAUAGGGAACAAUCAGAGCUGGGAAGUAAACAUUCUAUAAAGAUUUUAAGGUGCAUUUUUCAGCUUGCAAAAAAAAAAAAAA